AUGUUCCCAGCCAUAUUGCACGCAAAUUCUUGGAGACCUUGGCCCCAACGUGCCGAGAUCACCAAAAUCGAACACCCUGUCCGCGGCGACGACACACGACAAUGGGGUCCUCCUUACGCCCCUUAUCUUGACGAUAGAAGUGGCCCUGGCGAAAGCGCAUAUUACCUCUCUGUCAAUCGCAACAAGAAGUCCGUGGGUGUGUCAUUUCAGCAUCCAGAAGGGGCCGAGAUCAUCCGAGCGCUUGCACGAAACGCCGAUGUGUUUGUGGAGAACUAUUUGCCCGGGACGCUGAAGAAAUACGGGCUGGAUUUUGAGACUUUGCAAAAGACGAAUCCACGGCUUAUAUACGCGAGCAUAACCGGCUACGGUCAGUAUGGGCCAUACCAUGACCGGGCUGGGUAUGAUGUGAUGGUUGAAGCAGAGAUGGGAUUGAUGCACAUCACCGGUACGAGAGAUGGACCGCCGGUCAAGGUCGGUUGUGCAGUCACCGAUUUGACCACGGGCAUGUACGCAUGUAACAGCAUAAUGGCGGCUCUCCUCGAGCGACACAACUCGGAACGAGGUCAACAUCUGGAUGUGUGUCUGAGCGAUUGUCAGGUUGCCACAUUAUCGAACAUGGCCGAAUCUGUCUUGAUUUCGAAAAAGAGGGACAGUGGCAGAUGGGGCACAGCACAUCCUUCCGUAGUCCCUUAUCGAGCUUUUCAAACAUCCGACGGAGAUGUUCUCUUCGGCGGUGGCAACGAUCGACUGUUCGGAAUCCUAUGCUCAGGGCUAGGGAAGCAGGAAUGGGCCAAAGACGAGCGUUUCGCUACGAAUGCUGCAAGAGUUGCAAAUCGAGGCAUCCUGGAACCGGCGAUCGAGGAGAUUACAAGGCAGAAAACGACGCAAGAGUGGCUCGACACUUUUGAAGGCACAGGUCUUCCGUAUGCCAAAGUCAAUGAUUUGAUGGACACACUCAAUCACAAGCAUGUCCGAGCUCGAGAUAUGGUUGUCACGAUUGACCAUCCGAGCUGCGGAGUGAUAGACCUGGUUAAUACCCCAAUCAAAUGGUCACGAUCCCAGCCUUCGAUACGAUCACCACCACCACUACUUGGACAGCACACGGAUGAGAUUCUCAGUGCGACACUAGGCUUUGACGCUCAGAAGAUCCAUGAUUUAAGGGCCAAUGGUGUAGUUGGCUGA